UAAAUUAAACUACUGGAAAAUAAGUUUUAAUUAAAAAAUAUAAACAAGUUAAUUAUCAAUUAUCUUAUCAAUUGAUAUACUAAAAAUUGGAACACUGAUUGUAAAUGAAUUAAAAGAAGAUUGAAAAAAGUGGUCUAUGAGGACAAAUCUUCGAUUACCAUCUCGCAACUGUAUCCUUGAAAAAAUUAUUAGUGCAUACGCGUCGAUGCCGGCAGCCACAGUCGCAGUAAAUUUAUGCGGUGAAGAUUCCGCUGAAGAGACAGGUGAAACCGUCAAUCAGAAGAGACGGGAUAUUUUAAGCGCGUUUAAAAGGAGAGCCUGCAAUAGGAUUAGCUUUAAGGGUGAAUCGGGUCCUUUGCUAAGGUAUCGCCAUGCUAGAUUUAGUUCCAGAAGAGUUCGAAAAAGAGUUGUUUUUAAACACGGCGACUGUAAUGUUGUACAAGGAAAUGUUGCCAAACGACGUCGGCGAUAUCUUCAGGAUAUUUUUACAACGUUGGUAGAUGCGCAAUGGCGAUGGACGCUCUUAGUAUUUUCCAUGAAUUUCUUGUUAUCCUGGCUGGGAUUUGCGCUUAUAUGGUGGUUAAUCGCAUACAGUCAUGGUGAUCUUGAUUUCGACAACUAUAAUAAUCACACUUUCAUUCCCUGUGUCAAGGAUAUACGCAGUUUCACAAGUUGCUUCCUAUUCUCUGUUGAAACACAGCAUACAAUAGGAUACGGAUCGAAACAUACGACGGACGAAUGCCCCGAAGCAAUUUUCACCCUAUGCAUCCAAUCAAUGACUGGGGUGAUUCUUCAGGCAUUUAUGGUUGGGAUCGUGUUCGCCAAGCUGUCGCGACCUAAAAAGCGCACACAAACAUUGCUCUUUUCGCGCAAUGCUGUCAUCUGUCAGCGAGAUGGCCAGCCCUGUCUGAUGUUUCGUGUCGGUGAUAUGCGUAAGAGUCACAUCAUUGAGGCUCACGUUCGCGCUCAAAUGAUCAAGAGAAAGAUUACGAAGGAAGGUGAAUUAUUGCCGUUCUUCCAGACGGAAUUGAAGGUGGGCGGCGACGGGGAGGAGGAUAAGAUUUUUUUUAUAUGGCCGACCACGAUUGUUCACAAAAUCGAUCGAUAUUCGCCACUCUAUAGAAUAUCAGCCAGUGAUAUGCUGCAAGAGCGGUUCGAGAUUGUCGUCAUAUUGGAAGGUGUGAUCGAAUCUACUGGUAUGACAACGCAAGCAAGAAGUUCAUAUCUACCAUCAGAGAUACUAUGGGGUCAUCGGUUCCAAUCCAUCAUUUCCUUCCGCAAAGAAACCGGCGAAUACGAGGUCAAUUAUAGUCUUUUUAAUAAUACUUAUGAAGUGGAUACUCCACUCUGCUCGGCUGCUGAUCUCGAUCGUAUUCGAGCAAUACAUCGCAGCGAUACAAAAGCUGGACAUCCUAAUUCAAGUCUAUUUCCGGAAUAUCGCGAUACCUCCAGCAGCAGUUCAUUAACUAUGACUUCUGGGUCGAGUUUGGGAUCUUCAACUGGUGGUUUGCACAUGCAAGUAUCAGAGCCAAUAACACCUGCGAAUCCGAUUCCUGUGCUAAUCACCGCACCAGAUGGUUCUUGUAGACGAGAGAGUAUCAAUACACAUUCCGAUAUAUCAUGUUUUUACGCGCAGAAUGAGAUAACAAAAGAGGAACACGAUAACUCAAAGGAUGAAAAUUAUGAUUGUGUCCUACAAAAUAUUAAUGCAUCUUUACAGAAAAGCAAAGAACAAAAUGGGAAAGAAAACAUAACGCAACAGAGUGAAUCAAAGUCAACAUUAGAUUCAAAAAAGAAUGAAAAAGCAAGUUCUACAUCGAUCACAGAGGAAGAUGAAGAAAGCGACUUGAAGAAGAUACCUAGAAGCAAUCCAGAUAUUAGACAGAGAAAUCUUGCGGACUCUACAGAGAUGCAGUAUCCUACAUUUAGAAGAUCUAGCUUGUGCGAUGAUUAUAUAGGCAAAAAUGCUUCCAAGAAAAUAAGCUUCAUUUUUGAGGAGAAAACGCUCACGAAUCGUACCCACUCCCAAAACACAAAUCCAACUGAACAAACAUAGUGUCGAUGAGAGGUCGGAGCUUAAGAUCGUCUAAUGAUGCUGGAUAAUCCAUCUUUUAUUUUGCGGAUCAACUCAAAAUUAUCGCGUCUCAACUCAAUGAAAUAAAACAAAAAUAUAAAUAACAUGUACUAAAAUAAAUAAAAUAAGCACAAUUGAUCUAAAUAAAUUCAAAUCAAA